CGUCCGCCAUAUUUCCCGUGACAGGGGACGGGGUGACCUGAGAGAUGCCGGAUUCCGUGGAUAAAGAUGUGUACCCGGAGCCCCCGAGCCAGACCCCGGCACCGAACCGGCAGUCCGCCGUGCCCGACCCCGUUCCCCUGGUGACCGGCCUGUUCAGCUUUUUCAUAGACAGCCCGGUCACUGCCUUCCAUGAUUGGAUGGAAAGUCAGCGAUCAAAGCGAAGGAUCCACUACUAUCACCGGGAGUUCAGACGUGUCCCGUACCUGACGGAGUGUAUGGAGGACGACAUCCUGUGUCACUACGAGGCCAACAAGCAGUUCAAGAGGGACCACUUGGUGGAUCAGGAGAUUGUGAGGAUUAUGCGGGAGCGCGUUGCGGCGUGCAGAACACGGGAAGGAGAGAGCGCCAACCAGAACUGCGCACCGCUGCUCAAACAGUACGCUGAAGUCUGCAAGGCCUAUAAGAACAGAUAUGAGGACCUUGGAUAUUAUGGUGGAGCCAGGAAUUGUCUCAUGAAGCAGAAAGAGAGGAUGAUGGAGGAGAGGAAGGCGGCUGCUCAGGACAACCUGGAGUAAAUAAACGCUGUACAUUUCGUGUUACUUGUCUUAUGUUUCGUAAUGGAACUAUUAAAAGAAGUAUAUAUA